GUUGAUCUACCCUUUUUUGUUUCAUCACUCUGCCAUGCCAUGUUUACACACAACUCACACCAUGCGUAUUGAUCCACUAGUGUGAUACCUUUCCUUUUAAGGCUAUAACUUUGGUGAGAAACCAACAAAACUUUUUCACUACCGUUUAAUAUUCAAUCCUUUCUCUUGCUAUAAAUACCAGGCCAGGCCGUGUGGAUCUACCCACCUACUUGUGGUUUUACAAGUUAGCUGUUGUUUUUGAAAUCCAACUGCAAAUGGCCAUCUUCAAGUCUCUUUUGACUUCCCUGCUUCUUUCUCUGUUUUUACUUCGCUUUGCUGAGUCAUCCGAUCCACUGGUGAUCGAGAACAUGGUGGAGGAGAACUCUUUCAAUGAUAAGAAAAUAGAUUGCGGUAGGGCUUGUGCUGAGAGAUGCAAGUUAUCGUCAAGGCCUAACCUUUGCAAGAGAGCAUGUGGGACAUGUUGUUCUCGUUGCAACUGUGUUCCUCCGGGCACCUACAAUAACUAUGAUGUGUGUCCUUGCUACCGUGACAUGACCACCCAUGGCGGCAGACACAAAUGCCCAUAGCCUAAAACUCCUCUUCAUCAGCCUGUCGUGCUUCAAACUCGUAGUAAAUUAUAUAAUAAGAAUGUGAUGAUCAUAAUAACGAAUCACAAUAUAAGGCAUGGUUGUAACUACUUGAGCUUUAAUUAUAGUGAAGAUAUAUAUGUUUCUCGCUUCCUUUUGUCUUUAAUUACAAGUGAUUCUUGGAUUAUAUA